UGAGCAGUCCCAGUCCUCAGGAUCACCCCACCAGGAGGUGAGCAAGCGGAGGUCCAGUAGCGUAUUAAGCAGGUAAGGAUCAAACGGAAGCGUGGUCAGUAAACAAGGUCAGUAAAACAAGCCAAGGUCAGGCAGAAGCGUAGUGAGAACAAGCCAAGGUCGGUAAUGAGUAGUCGCAGGUUGGGAUCAGGCAGAAGCGUAGUCGAGAACAAGCCAAGGUCGGUAAUGAGUAGUCGCAGGUUGGGAUCAGGCAGAAGCGUAGUCGAGAACAAGCCAAGGUCGGUAAUGAGCAGUCGCAGGUUGGGAUCAGGCAGAAGCGUAGUCGAGAAUAAGCCAAGGUCGGUAAUGAGUAGUCGCAGGUUGGGAUCAGGCAGAAGCGUAGUCGAGAACAAGCCAAGGUCGGUAAUGAGUAGUCGCAGGUUGGGAUCAGGCAGAAGCGUAGUCGAGAACAAACCAAGGGUCAAUAACGAGUGGUAGCA